UUCCUUGCAAAAUCCUCUCUUCGCACCCAAAGUGUUGAAAUCCUACCACAACCCCCCCCCCCCCCGCCUUACCAUCCCGAGUGCGUUCGCCGUCGCCAUGUUUUUAUAGGAGGGUCGAUCGUGCAGUUUCCCAUCUCGCCCAAAAACUGGUCAAUCGCUGGGCAGAAAGACCCCGUUGGUUUGCCCGGCCACCCUCCUUUCUCUCUCUCUCUCUCUCUCAGGGGCGUCUACUCAAGUCCGGUCCAUUCGGCUUAGGUAGGAACCGGAUGUUGCACAUACAUCCUCAAUACUUCUUUUCUUUUUUCUGAGGGCGACGCUGGCGCCGCUGGAUUUCUCUCCUAAUAGACGUCUUGGGACUCGUUCAGUCCGAAUCGGGAGGAAAAAAGGUUGUCGGUUUCGGGUAGAAGAAGUGAAGGAAGCUGAAAGGUUUUUUUUUUUUUUGAUAUAAAAAGCAGGAACCCAAGAAAAUACAGGUGGACUAUAUCUUAUAUUGGUGCUCAGCGGGACACCCGAAGACAGCAGAGAGGCUCUUUUCCAGUGAAUUUAUCUUCACUGCGGAUAAACCCCCCGUCGACUUCGCUCUGAGAAAGGUUUAUUUUCCAGAAAAACGCCAUAUCUCAAUUCCAGCAGCAUGGAGCUUGGAGAAGCUUGCGCCGUAUACCUAGACGACCGUGUGAAGGAUGAACGUUGGGUGAUCAAAAACACCGACUCGACUGCUGGAGUAACCACCUACUCCGGUCUAGAAACCUCAGCUGAUGAAAGCGGCGAAAUUCGCACCAAUGUGCUACUUUUUCUUGGUGUCUUCAGGAAAGUUUACCUGUCUAAUUCAAGAAAAUCAUUCGCCGAACAGUUAACGCAGCUCAAUAUUACUUGUCGGCCUAAUUCCAACCCCUUAUUCGCCCUGGUUUCUAUCGUCGUCAACGGUUCAUCUGAGCCACUAUGGCAAUCGUCUGAAAGUCGGUCUCUUGCACCACCACCCGUGCCAUCAACGACACCCAACACAAAAGUUGGACGAUUUCUACGAUUCUCGUCCGAAGCGGAUGACUUCUGCAUGCUCGAGCUUCUUGCCAGGUUUUCGGCGAACGUGAGAAUUCAGACUGAAGUGAACCUUGCGGUUCCCGUCGCUGUGUUACGCUUCAUCCGGGAAGACGAUGAGCGUGGAAAAUCAACAUAUUCAGAAGCUACGGCGGAGGAUAUAGUAAAUGAUUUCCCCUUGGUGAACAGAUGCAUAACUCGUUGCCUGGAUGCGGGCGCCGUCGAUGUCCUUACAACCCCGUUAGAGGCGUCAAGACUUCAGAGUCUCUUAGUGCAUGCAUACAAAAUAUUUAAAACAGCUAGGAGGCAGCAAUGGCGGGAUACAGCAGCCGGGAGACCCACAAAACACUCAUGGGUUGGCGCCAAUGACCAACAACCGUACUCCUAUCUUCGAGAGACCAUGGUGACUAAACUGAUGAAACGAAUAUGCAAUCCUGACGAAGAGGUCGAUGAAUACCAAAGUGACCUUCAUAUCCUGGACCAACGGAAACGGCUCGUUGAGGCUGAAAUCGGCAAAUGGGAUUUCGCAGCCCAUGAUUUCUCAGAGGACGAACUUGUUCAUGCUGGAACAAUAAUGCUAGAGCAUGCCUUACAGAUGCCAGAGCUAGAACCCUGGCGAAUCUGCUCCGAGGAACUCCACUCAUUCUUGCUUGCCACUCGUGUCACGUACAAUAGUUUUGUCCUAUACCACAAUUUCCGCCACGCUAUAGAUGUCCUACAAUCGACCUUUCACCUUCUCGUUAGCAUCGGUGCUUUACCCCCUUACCCGAAUGGAACCAGUCAACGUGCGGGAGUGAGUCCAAUAGCAUCGUUGUUGACUCCCUCCGACGCUUUAGCUCUCCUCAUCACGGCAAUUGGACACGACGUCGGUCAUCCGGGAGUGAAUAAUGUCUUUCUCGUCCGACUGAACGCUCCACUUGCCCAGCUAUACAACGAUAACUCUGUUCUAGAAUCUUUCCAUUGUGCUGCGUUUUCGCAACUUUUACGAUCCCAUUGGCCCACAGUUUUCGCGGAUGCGAAACUGCGUAAAUUGAUGAUCAGUUCUAUCCUUGCGACUGAUAUGGGUGUCCAUUUUAAGUUCAUGGAAAGCUUAGGCAAACUUCAGGAGAAAUAUCACAAAACCAAUUCGACGGAAGGGUGGACGGACCAAGAAAUAGAGACCGAUCGGGUCUUACUCUGCGGCUUGCUAAUCAAAUGCGCCGACAUUAGCAAUGUGGCCCGCCCGUGGAGCAUUGCGAAACGAUGGACAAAUGCCUUGCAGGAGGAAUUCGCCCAGCAAGGGAAGAUGGAGAAGACCAUCGGAAUGGAGACAGCGCUCUUCGGUGGCCCUCCGGAACUUGGAAAUAUUCCCAAACUCGCCAAAGGCCAAAUCGAUUUCAUGACAAUAUUUGCACUGCCUCUGUUCGACAGUAUGGCUGACCUGAUACCCGAGAUGACAUUUACUACAGUAGAAAUAAGACGGAAUAAGUCGAUAUGGCGGGAAAUCGUGAAUCGAGAUGUACAAAGCAGAGGGUCCCUUGAAUUGAUCCAAAGCAACACGACACCGUUGGCACAAUCAGAGUCGGAUCUUAGGAACCUACAGGGAGGCGAAACCCCCCCGGAGGGUUCAGCUGUUAAUAUUGAUCGAACCCCUCCUGCCUCUUGGAACUUGCCACCAGCCUUGAGCCAGUUACAGCUGAAUAAGGAUAUGCAGUGUGGAACGUAUGAGCCCAAAGAAGUUGAUAAGGACUGUCAAACUCACAAUGACUCGUCCGGUGUCACUCCUCCCUUGACCAUAUCGACGGGCGCUUCUAGAUGUAUUGAGUCAGCCGCAGAUGACAAUCAAGCAUCUCAUUCCCGGCGCUACCAAUGUCAUCGGCCGUUCCAGCGUUCAUCCGGCCGCUCAUCGACAGUAACUACAGUGAAUCGCCAAAGCGAGAUUACGAGCGGAACACGGACCCAAAGCACGAGCACGUAUACAAACAAUACUAUCAUGACACCUAUCUCUUCAACGACCCAAGCCAGCAGCCUUAGUAGCGUAGGUACCAGUGAUGAUGAACAUGGUUAUGUGCGCCAUGAAUUCGACCACGAUCGGGCAAAUCGUCUGCCAAGCAGCUGUUCUGACAGCGUGGUGGACCAUGAUCGGGCCACACCCGCCGCUGCUACUUCUGGCCGUCCAAGCCUUCUUCACACCUACCAUAGUAACGUCGAAGAUGGGAAAACUCCACACUUCAUGGCUGCCUUUAUCGAUAAAAACUUCGGCCACCACACCCAGGGGAAUGGCUUUACCAUCACAAACCCAACUUCCUCCACCUCCGUCAACUACAUUCCGACUGAUUCGUCACACCCCUCGCAUCACGAUUAUGCACCAGUACACCACCACCACCACCAUCACACUCAAGACACGAAUGGAGUCAACCACCGAACUGUUCCGCGACGACGUAGCCGCUUACGGCUCGCCUUUUGGCGCCGCAACAGGGAAAUCGCCUCCCCUGAGCAUGACUAACGGGUGUCGAUAAUCACUAUUUUCCUUCCCAAUUUUAUAUUAUAUAAGGGGUGAGGGAUCGAUUCUUCUCUCUCGCCUCUCUUAUAUCCUAUGAAGUUAUAUUAUUUUUCCCCCUUGCAUCGGCACGUCCGGUUAAGUCCGGUUCUCCCGUAUAUUUGUCAAUGGAUUUUUUUUUUUUCACUCAUAACGAGUGCUCUCUCGGAUUCUUUUAGCCGGAGAUGGAGUUUUGUGGUUGGUGUUUUAUUCUCUUUUAAUUUAUUUAGCCGUGGUUCUUCUUUUGGAAUAAGCGGGACGGGGAUACGAAAUACCAGGGGCGGGCAAGGCGUGGCGGUUGGAUGGGAACGGGGGGGGCUUUUUUUCAGGGUUUGUUGGGGGAAGGGGGGCGGCGAAAGGGUUUUUUUUUUUGGAGAAAAUCAUGAUCAUGCCAAACAUCAUCUCAUUUUUAUAUUUUAUUUCCUCUCUUUUUGUGUUUGUCUUUAUUUCUUUUCAUUUUUCCAUUUCUGUCUUCUUUCCGUUAUACAUGUAUGUAUAUAUAUUUUCAUCCCUUCUCGGUUUCAUUACCUUAACUUCCAGGUGGGCACUGGCAUGCUUCGUUUUUCCCCUUCCGUUUUCUGUUUUUUUCCCUUUAAGCAACGGGUUGGGCGGUCGGCGACUGACUGGCUUCUUUCUCCUGAUACCUUCGAAUGAAUUACGGCAUGUCUUCUCUUCUCUUUUUUUUUUCCCCAUAUUUUUUUUUCUCUGGACUCAUUUGGAUAUUUUGUCUAUAUCAUUAUUUCGAGUUGCAUACUUAUACUUGCCACGAUAUGGGCGGUCUUUUGUGACUUUAUCUUCUUUUCUUUUAUUUUUCCUACUUUCUUUUUUGAACAUGGUUCCACACUAGUGAUAACUAUUCGCCUAGUACAUCAAGUCCGGUACACACAUACAUAACAUCGUCUAGAAGACCAAAAAAAAAAAAAAAAAAAAAAAAAAAAAAAAAAAGGAAAUUCAGAAAUAUCGACAUCCCCACGCCUCAAGUCGGGCGCUUCAUUCAAUACGUUUUUCGAAGAGGGGUGUGUCUAUUGGACCCGUCGUGAAUAGUUAGGCCAAAUCGUCCAUACACGGGGACGUCACUCAUUCCCUUCAGCUUUCAUAGUCAUAUCCCACGCCCUUCACCUUCACACGCACCUUGUUGAGUGGUAGGGGAGGGUCCCCCCCUCCCCAUUUGAACACACCAAGUAGAGAAGAGACACAUAGAUAGCUCCAUAUAACCAACCUCCCUCUCACUCACAGUCCUUACAAACAUCGGUAAUGGCAGUAACAGGCGGAGACGAUCCGUUCUGUGCCUGGGUCUGCGUAGGCAUCACGUUCAUGUCCGUCUUCCCCGUAGUAUCAGCUCCUCCUGCCUUCCCGUGGUUCUUAGCAAGGGCACGAUCAACAUGUCCCAGAUCCCGCGAGGGAUCGAUAAUGUUACGGACGAGUGACUUUAGCUGUUUUGUUUCUGUUGGGGUCCCGGGGGGGCGUUGUUUUGCGCGUAUUUAUUAGGAAUUACUGGAAGUAGCGAAGAAUAUAGAUAGGGAAAAAAAUAUAAAAAAAUAUAAAAAUAAAAGUAAAAAAUAAUAAAUAAAUAAAUAAAUAAAUAAACAUACCCGGAAACCCGCCCUCCGCUUUCCUAUCCCAUAGCACGGUCUCCGCCGUCGUGAAAUCGACAUUAGACUCGUGCAGGAUGGAUACUGUGAACACGCCACCGGUAGCCGGGACGAGAGACACCUCCCCCAGUGUCGUGGAGAAGGUGGACAGCAGCUCCUGGGCGAACUACACGGGGCGGCGGGUUAGAGAAGCGUUCUCGUUGGAACAGAAUAUAUGUAGAUGGGCUACGGAUUAUUUUGACAGCGUUGUGUUGAGAUGAGUUAGACGGAUUGGGACAACAUACAUAUGCCGCCCUGAGCAGCCAUUUGCACUGCGUACAGUAUCUUAUGGUCACGCGCGGUAGGUGGACGAGUUCCCGAUGUCCCUCUGCUAGAGGGAUAGCUAUUUGUUGAAUUUGUUCUUCUUUUUCUUUGCUUUCUGGCUGUUGUUGUUCUUGUUGUUGUAUUGGUUGCGGAUUGGGCAAGGAAGGGGUGGACUGGGCUGAAGUUGGGUCUGACAUUUUUUUCUUUAUGAUUGGUUUUAAUUUUGUGUCAUUGGGAUAUUGAAUUUGAGGUGUGAUAUGGAUAGAUAAUAGAGUUGAGAAAUUCGGUAUUGGCGGGGGAUAUAAGUAAAUAUUGGCGUCGAGAUUUGUUAGAGAUUAG